AUGACAGAAGCAUUGGAAGCCAGAGUAAAGGCAUUGGAACAAAAGCGAUAUGGAUGUCCCAAGGGUGUGGAAGUAGACGAGUCAAUUCGCCGCGCCCGAGAACACGUUGAACGUCUGCAGCUGUACUCUAGCAAUUGGAAAUGGGUCCCUGAAAAAUACUACGAUUGGUCUUUGGAACAACGUGCCAAGAUCCUCAAGGCCAAAAGCACACACAUGCUUUGCAAGAGUCUAUUAUUGGAAAACAAAAAAGUGACUGACGAAACUGCUGAUCUCAAGACCAAUCCUAAAUUCUUGAUGGUCAUGAUUCAAUACGAAACUACCUUGGAUGUGAAAAAGUUGACAACAUCCUUGCGAAAACUCCGUCCUGUUGCGGAUCGGUUGGACGAAUCCCAAUUUGACUUGCGUGUGGCAUCUCCUGAAGACAAUGAUCGCAUUACUGGUUACAAAUUCAAUAGUGUGACUCCCUUUGGCCUAAAGGAAAAAGUAAUGAUGGUGAUGAGCAGUGAAAUUGUUCCCUAUGGCUACUUUUGGAUGGGAGGUGGCCAUGUGCACUUGAAAUUGGGCAUGUCGGUCGACGACUUUCAAAAAUUGGGCAAUGUUCACGUUAUGGAUCUGAGCGUUCCUCGUAGUAGUACCGAUCAAGCCCAAUAA